CAACCAUCUGGCACCUGGCCAUCUUGUCGCUGCGGCAUCUUUGCGACCUAAACGUUCUAUCUGGAAUCCCCUGGACCAUAUUGCCGCGCUCAUUUCCCGUCCUGUCCGCGCAGCGUUUGCCCUCGGCUGCUUCCCCAUCUCUCCUCAAAGCCGCGUCGCACCCGCACCCGCACGCAGUGAACAACCUCCAAGCCACUUCAGCAUCAUUCUGUCAACGACCAACAAUAUCGCAUAACCGCAAUUCGACACCUACUACCCACUUUUGCAGCAGCGCAACAUGGCUGACGCCCCCGAGGUCACCCCGGAGGUUACCUUCAAGGUGAAGACCUCUGGCGACAAGACCCAUACUAUCACCAUGUCCGAGUCUGCUACAGUCGCCGAGCUGAAGACGAAGCUGGGCGGAGAGGAGUACGAGAACAUCCCCAUCGAGCGUCAGCGUCUGAUUUACUCUGGUCGAGUCAUGAAGAACGAGGAGCCUUUGAGCACAUACAGGAUUAAGGCCGGCAACACAGUACAUCUGGUCAAGAGUGCCGCCAGCAACCCUGCGCCCGCUCCUCCCGCCUCGUCGUCUACGCCAGCCGCUCCUCAGGUCCCGACCAACAUGGCUGCCGGUACCGCCAACAAUCCUCUUGCGGGGCUGACAGGCAUGAGCGGAUCCAUGAUGGACGAGGACCAAAUGGCCCGACUGCUCUCCAAUCCCAACGUCGCUCAGCAGAUGAACGAGGCUCUCAACAACGACACCUUCCUCGACAUGAUGAUCCAGAGCCACCCGAUGCUCCGGAAUAAUCCCAACGCUCGCGAGAUUCUGCGAUCGCCCAUGAUGCGUCAGAUGAUGACCAACCCCGAUGCUAUGAGAAGUGCCGCUCGUUUUAGUCGAAUGAUGCGAGGCCCCGGUGGCUCCCAGAAUGCCUUCCCCGCUCCGGGCGUCACCGACACGACUCCUGGCGACACCAAUGCCGAGAAUGCCCGAAGCGACAACCAACAAGGAAGCGCGCCGCCCAACCUUUUUGAUCCAUCGAUAUGGGGGAACAUGCAAAUUCCUGGAGGUGCUACCGGGGGUGCCGGUGCUACUGGGGCGAACCCCUUCGGCGCUGUGUUCAAUCCGUUUGCUGGCGCCGCUCAAGGCGCACCCGGCGCUGGAGCCACCACCCAAGCAACACCCGGUGCCCGAACCGACAGCAGUAACCCGCAAAGCAACGCGGGUACAGCCCAAGGACCCAAUGCUUCCGGUGCCCCGCUGAAUCCGUUUGCCUCCCUGUUCGGUGCUGCUCCUGGAGGCGUCGGCGGCAAUCCUUACGGUAACAUGCCUCCUGAGGCUCUUCAACAAUUGAUGCAGAUGAUGGGUAUGAAUUCGCCGUCUGGAUCUCCGGCACCAGCCGACAACCGUCCGCCUGAAGAGCGAUACGCCGAGCAACUUAGACAGCUGAACGACAUGGGCUUCUACGACUUUGACAGGAACGUUGCAGCCCUGCGUCGAAGCGGAGGAAGUGUCCAGGGCGCCAUCGAGCAUCUUCUCAGCGGACCAUAACGGAUUAAAGUCACCACACUUCACCUCACAUCACCCAAAACUCUUAACGGAACCGUCUUGGCCACCGGGACCGGCAGGAGGACAGUCGGCGGAGGAUGGUUAACGAGUCUUCACUCUGGAUGGCAUAUGGUCAAUGCAUAGGGUGCGGCCCAUAUCUAUGUGGUAACAUCAGCAGGAGAAAA